AUGAAUCUCUGCUGGAAACAACCCGGGAAGAAAAUCGUCGGACCAGCCACGAUGGAUGAUUCAAAGAACAUCAGCGAAAACUCCGACAGCCAGUCCACCGAGGUGUCAACCAUUGCGCUUUCGAAGCAGCCACCGACAACCCCCAUGAAUCUCAUCGCAGAUAGCGCAGAUGGUGCUUGUCAAGCUAGAGAAGGCCGACUUCGAACAAAUCUCUGA